ACAGAGCUUUGCUGAAAAGGGCCCCCUGCAACCUAGUGCCUAACCCUCCCUGGACUCAGGACCAGGAAGGAGUUGACACUCUGGAUGGUCAAGGGAGGUGCUCCCCAUCCAGCCACCUGGCCUGGGCUUCCUCCCUCCCUGCCUCCUUUUUUUCUUUCACUGAAUUUGACUGAUAUUAGAAGUCACCCAAUGUGUACCAAGCAGGCCUUGUGGGGGAACACAGAUGCACAGGUGUACACAGCAGUCCAGGCCCCAGACCUGACUCCAGGAAACUGGCCUCCCUGGGAAAGCCACAGUGUCACUCAGAGAAGGAUGGCAUCAGGCAGGGCACGCUGUACCCGAAAACUCCGGAACUGGGUGGUGGAGCAAGUGGAGAGCGGGCAGUUCCCCGGAGUGUGCUGGGAUGAUGCAGCUAAGACCAUGUUCCGGAUUCCCUGGAAGCAUGCAGGCAAGCAGGACUUCCGGGAGGAUCAGGAUGCUGCCUUCUUCAAGGCCUGGGCAAUAUUUAAGGGAAAGUAUAAGGAGGGGGACACAGGAGGCCCCGCUGCCUGGAAGACUCGCCUACGCUGUGCACUCAACAAGAGUCCUGAAUUUGAGGAAGUCCCUGAGAGGGGCCGCAUGGAUGUUGCUGAGCCCUACAAGGUGUAUCGCCUGCUGCCACCAGGAACCCUCUCUGGAGGGACUCAGAAAUCACCAUCAAAGCGACAGCACAGUUCUGUGUCUUCUGAGAGGAAAGAGGAAGAGGGUGCCAUGCAGAACUGUACACUCAGUCCCUCUGUGCUCCAGGACUCCCUCAAUAAUGAAGAGGAGGGAGCCAGUAGGGGAGCAGUCCAUUCAGACAUCAGGAGCAACAGCAGCAGCAGCAGCAGCAGCAGCCCUGAGCCACAGGAAGGUACAGACACAACUGAUGCCCCCUUACAAGGGGAUCAGGUGUUCCUGGAGUUUCUGCUUCCUCCAGAGUCCGACUACUCACUGCUGCUCACCUUCAUCUACAAUGGGCGCGUGGUGGGCGAGGCCCAGGUGCAAAGCCUGGACUGCCGCCUUGUGGCUGAGCCCUCAGGCUCUGAGAGCAGCAUGGAGCAGGUGCUAUUCCCCAAGCCUGGUCCACUGGAGCCUACACAGCGCCUGCUGAGUCAGCUUGAGAGGGGCAUCCUGGUGGCCAGCAACCCCCGAGGCCUCUUCGUGCAGCGCCUUUGCCCCAUCCCCAUCUCCUGGAAUGCACCCCAGGAUCCACCUGGGCCAGGCCCACAUCUGCUGCCCAGCAACGAGUGCGUGGAGCUCUUCAGAACUGCCUACUUCUGCAGAGACUUGGCCAGGUACUUCCAGGGCCUGGGCCCCCCACCCAAGUUCCAGGUAACACUGAAUUUCUGGGAGGAGAGCUGUGGCCCCAGCCAUACUCCACAGAAUCUUAUCACGGUGAAGAUGGAGCAGGCUUUUGCCCGACACUUACUGGAGGAGACUCCAGAGCAGGAGGCAGCCAUUCUGUCCCUGGUGUAGAGCCUGGGGAACCCAUCUUCCACCUCACUACUUCGCUCUGCCUGUCUCCUUUGAAAUAGACUCAUUCUUCACAUGAUUGACCUGUCCUCCUCGCAAUAAUUCUCAGUGGUUGUAUGUGAUAGUUGUGUCCUUAAAAUCCUCGCACACACUGGCUGGUGGAGAACUCAAGGCUAAUAUUUUGUCCUUUCUUUUUUUAAAUUUUUUAUUUUUUGAAUUUUGAGAUAUACAACCUCUUUCGUCUGUAAGGGACUGGGAAAUCUAAAUGGUGUGAACCCAGGGGUCUUUCCCUCUUCCCCGACCUCCCAACUCUAAAGGCAAGCACUUUAUAUUUUCCUCUUAGUUAUUCACUAAGGAUUUAAAAUAAAAUUUUAUUGAAAGAGGAA